AUGGCAUCGAAGUGCUCGACCAGGAUGAUUCUUGUCCUAGCGUUCAACAUCCUCCUCUUCUCCCACUUCCCCAAAACCGCUCACGGAGUACUUUCCGUUUCUGUUUGUCCGAGGAGUCUCCUCCAAGUUAGGAGCUGCGCCACUGAACUCGUCACCGCUGUCACUGACAUUGUCAACAAUGCCACUGUCAACGUCGGUGUAAACAAUGGCGGAAUCGGCGUGGGAGUUGGAGUACCAGUGCCUGCACCCAGUCUCAGUAACUGCUGCAGCCUCGUGAGAGGCCUGACCGAGUCACAGAACACUGCUUGCGUCGAUGCCUCAGUCAGGGUUAGUGUCAUCGGUACCCGUCUCCCUAAUGUUGACUUCGUCCGCCUCGUCCGAAAUGUUUGCGCUCGCAUCCAGUGA